AUGUCUCUCUCAAGCCUGGAAGAGGCGUGCCAGCACGCAGUGGACGUUCUUAUACAAGUUUUAGGCAAUGAGGAUCUGCACGCCGCGGCGCGGGGGAUGCCAUACACCGACGUGCGGAUACACAUUGCGGAGUUGUCGCCGAUCGAGGAGGGCCUAGUGCUGCAGGGCAAGUUGGUCCGCCAGCAGGCCUCCAUGCUGCUCUACCAGCUGGGCGCAGGUUGCUCUUCCGAUGUGAAAGACGGGGCUAACAAAAAUACAGCGGCCCGAGGGAAAUAUAACCCACCGCGCUUUAUCGAUGCCCCGUUGUUUGUCCGCAAGUCACGACUUCUGCGCGAGAGGGCACGACGUGUUGGCAUAACUCUCAGUAGCCUCAAACAUGUUGGUUUGUUGAAUGAAGAGUCUCUUGGGCGUCGCGUCAUCACGGAUCGCGCAUUUGGCGCUCUAAGAGAGCUGCUAGACAUGCUUGUGGCUGUGGCAGCAACGCUCGCGGAGACGCCGUCACCGUCUGACUUUCGCUCUUACGCGACGUCCGUCGAAACUGUUGCAGAUGCACUCCAAGAUUCUGCCAGUCGGUCAAGCUUUCAGCCGACGGGCUGCCAUUGUCCCAUUGCGGAUGUAAUUAAUGGUGAUGCGCCAGAAAAUGGUUUUUCUGUGGGGCCGUUGCAUAGACAUCGAGAUGAAAUCACGUCGGAGCCUUCGAAUCCUGAAGCAGAGCAGCAGAAGGAAAAACAAGGAAACAAUGACCACAAGACAAGCAGAAGAAGUAGUAGCUCUGAGAGGAAAAAAGGGCCGUUGCUUGUCGAAAAGGCACGUUCACCGUUGCCUGUGCUGGCGUACAAGGCAACCGCUCCCGCCUCUACGUCUGCUUCGUCUGAGAAGACCCCCUCGGCGGCGUUAACGUCGCCGCUGCUUCGCUACGAGCAACGUACGUUAUUGGCACCGCAUGAGGCAAGUGAGGCAGAUACGGAAUGUGUGGGUUUGUUGGAAACGGGAGUAUUAGAUUCACACAAGCCUUUGGGAGAGGUCUGUGAUGAUAGCACUCACUUCCCCGCAUGUAAGCAGCGCCAGAUGCCGCUUAGCACGGCUCCGCAGGUUCCUGACCGCAGGCUGAACACAAAAGCCUCUGGUAACGCGGGUUUUUCGACUCGCGUCACAAGGCAUGACCGGUUGUUCCGUGGACAAUUGUGGCGUGAAUUGCUUCGUGGUGGUGAAGCUGCUGCUGCUGAAUGGAAAGACGUGUUUAUAUCUGAAGUUGGAAUGCUGUUUGGGAUCCCCAACGAGUGGGUGACCAACGUGCACUUGGUAGAAGAUAAGGCGAUAGGACUUACUGGCGGUGACCAGAUUGUAAGGUUCGAGGUGCUCCUUCCCUCCUCUCUUGAGAAGGAUGAUAUUGCGUUGCGAAUACGACAACAUGAAUUUACCGGGAUGCUCCUGCUCUACGAAAACUUGCAGGAACGAAGGGAUCGAGAACAGGAGGAAGAAGUGAAAACAGCGGGCCGACAGGAGGAAGAAGAUGACAUGGAGGAGCGUGAUGGCUCCGCUGGAUCAGUGACAAGUCAAGACGUGACUUUCACGACACCACUGGACUUUGAACGGACAAUCCUUCCUCGCGGCGACACCGACAGCGCAAUCAAAGACAUUGACAAUAAAAGGGAUGGAGACAAGGGUUCUCCAGUGGAUCUGCUCACGUCGUUGUCUGUUACUGAGUCACUCUCGCGUGUUGCAUUGCAGGCUCAGGAAAACCAUAAGCGGAGCCUCUUCAUGACAACAUCUGCCAAGAAUAGGCACAUGAUGGAGCGGGAGCGGCUGCGACCUGCCACUUUAACUGAGGGAUCAUCUCCCACGCGCCACCACAUAGAGCAGUGGGGGGCGCGUGGCGACCGUGAGGACGCGGGGUGCUGCGAUGAUACGACCCAGCUUCCCGCACGCUGCUUCACUCUCCCAAAUCAACAGUCCGUGCAGCUGCCGCCGUCCCUGCAGGACGGCGGGGAGAAGGAGCGGCCCUCGUCACCUUCCUCCUCAAGGUCUUCCAGCGAUAGCGGCAACGGAGGUGACAGUCCCGCACUGCGGAGUCGUACACCGCCCCUGUUUGCACGAAAAGAUCUCACUUCACCGCAGAAAAUGCAAAAGUCGCCUACAAUGUGGCUUACCACAACUCAUGAAAAGGUUAUUCGUGGAGAGAGAUGGGAGACUGUGCUCGUUGAGAAUGAAGAUAGUGUGCGCCGCACAUUUGCGACGGAGCUCACCGAUUUGUUUGAACUUCCUGAGGAAAGUGUGAGAAAUGUGGAGUUUGCACCAGGUGGACUCCGCGUUACGUUUGAUUUGGUUCAUGAUCGUUACCUACACGAAUCAGAGAUCAACGCACUUCUCGCCGUGUUUGAUUUCCCGCAGGUUCGCAGUCUUUACCAGCGGUGCCUUGACUGCGGCAACAAAAGUCCUUAUCGCCUCAGUGAUGAUACUUGCGGCGGAGACAGCGUCAGAAACAGCGGUGACAUAAAAGUUGUUGACACCGAUGAUGCGAAGAAUUCUUCUUUGGCGUUUAGCGGGGCUAUAGACAUAGAUCUCCAGUGCAGUGACCCCCUAGACGAUAAUGCAUCCAUGCCUAAAGUUGAGGGCAGCCAACAGAUGCCUGAUCAUCAACCGCAUUUCCCGCUGCGGGUGCCCACCAUGGUGUGGGAUGGCACCGUCACUCCAGACAAUGAACCUGUUACACUUGCACAUUUGUCACUUCUGCACGACCUGCCACUCAAUGUGCUCAUCGAGGCAAACCCACAUCUUGCUUCUUUUGGCGUCAACGAGCCACUGUCGCUUUCGGCAAGUGUUGCGAUACCACGUGGCGAGCUCGAGGAGGAUUUUAUGCGCCUCGCGGAGGGCAGUGAUGCACUGGGCUCACGCAGCAUGACGCCGUCUUUGACGAGUCCUACACCGUCCCGUAUUCAUACAUUGCGCGAGGCUGAAAGCUCCCGUGCGGGGCCGCUCAUGAACCUCAAGAGCGUUGCGAAGAAGCUUGGUGUGAGUGUGCAGACGCUGCGGCAGCGUAAUCCGCACCUUGACGCGUACAGCGACAUUGAACUGCUGCCGCGGAACUGUUCCAUCAACAUCCCAGCACUGCUCUUCGGAGCGCCGGAGUCAGCGAGUGGAUUCUCCUCCGUGCGCAGCAGUCCCCGGGCCCUCGCUGCGCCUGCGGCAAACCCGACGGCCUCCGUUGUGACAUGUAGCAGGGGAACAGAUGCGGCGGUCGAGCCUCCUAGGAAAACGCUUCUUGAGGAGCUCAAGCAGCACCACCCGCGGGGGUUGGAGCAAACAGCGGCAGCGAAUGUGCAGAUUUUCAUGGGUGAACAAGCACCGCCGCAUUCACUGCGGCCGUGUCCGCAAAACGUUAUGCACACAGAGAAUGGCAGCGUGACGACGGCCAAAUCACCGUCUUCGACGUCGUCGCCUCCGCCUCCACGUGGGUCGACAUCGUCUGGGCACAGUGACACAGUGCAAUCGCUUAUGCAUUCGGACACACGUCCUCCCUCUGUGACUACUGUCUCGCACCCGCACCCUGGUCGCAUUUCCACAAACCUGUCGGAUGCCGUAGUGGGCCGUGAACAGGCGGUGCUGGUGAUGGAGCGGUCGCAAUUCCAAUUUCUCCUCAUUCGAUUCUUUGCCAAAUGGCAAUAUAUGGCUCAAAUGCGGAGGGGUAUGAGACAGUUGGUAUGCGUACCAGCGAUUUCUGCCAAAGGAAGACUCGAUUUGCCCGAAGCACCAUUAAACCUUCAUUGCCGUUUACGCACACUGAGGACGAAGGGCGGGCAAAGACCCCGACAUGCAGUGUCCCCGAGGAUGGGUGUGACACCGAACCAAGGAACACGCCUUAUUGCGAAGACAAUGGAGGCCAUCGCGCGCACCCAAAGUCGAACCACCUCGCCGCGAGCCGAGUCAAGAAGGAGACCUGCAGCGGAGCUGGCAUCUGGCCGUUCUCGGUGGCAGCAGCAGCAGCAGGGGAGCGCAAAGACACGCACGUCUUCUGCAAAUCCACCGCUUAGAGGUGUAGUCUCCGGCCGUAGCGCGAUAUCACCACUCAGGUCGUCACGUAGCGAGAAUCGAACGCUUUCACAGCCUCCUACUGCUCACAGCAACACGACGCGCCUCGGUUUCAGUCGCGCAAGCAGCACACAUUCCAUCUCCCGCGCGUCGUCACUCGACCGAAGAAGAAAGUUAAGGGAUGAAUCGGUGAUGUCGGAGCAGUUGCCGUUGGGCCUCCUCCUCACCUCCUCGCUAGAGGUUGCGGAGGCCGUUGGGGAGGCGGCGGAGGCGGGCAUCCGGCGCGGCGAUCGUCUCGUUGAGGCUGGCGGAAACCGUCUGCAGACGUUAAAGGACUUUCAUGCGGCGUUAGCUGCAGCCAUCAGUCCACAUUUGUUUGUGACGGUUGCGAAGAAGAGCAAUGGUGCGCUCACGGCGUACAGGGUGCAGCGACGUGAGUGGGACGACGCGGGUGCACCAGUAAAUAUCUCUCCACGUGCGUCACUGGCAGAGUCCAAGACCGCCCCUGUGCUUACUGCGGCAAAGAGUGUUGCUUUGACUGCUUUGCGUGUGCGCAGCGGCAGCAACAACAGCAGUGGCCGCACCGUUGUUCCGCCGCCUGUGCCGCAGCGCAGGAGCAUAUCUUCGACUCCACUCUCGCGUGACGCUCGUGGCAGCUACGAGGCUCGUAGGCUGCAGAAGGAGCCGCAGCAGCGCUAG